AUGAAUCAAGAUCCGUCUCUGCCGUCAUGGCCAGAGCACGCCCCUGAUGAAGCCGCCGCAGCCAUGAUCCCUACCACGGCAGAGGACUAUACCAGUCUUCUCGAUUUCAACUUCGACCUUGCCGAAUUUGAUGGCGGUAAUGCUGGUGAGCGUCAGAACCAGAAUAUGGUGACCACAGCGCCGCCACUUGUCUCAACGACCGGAAUGCAGGAUAUCAGUGGGCUGACUUCGAUGGAACAUAUUAACACCAGCCAACCCCUGCAAAAGCAGCAGCAUUUUCCAGCCUCAGUCACCAUGGCAGGAAGCGAACCCGUCACGCCAAUGGAGAUACAAGGCUCCAAUUCAAUGCAGCUGCAGCAGCAGCACUUUUAUAUGAAGCAGCAGCAGCAGCAACAGCAGCAGCAGCACUCUCAGAAUGCUUAUGGCUCAAAUUAUGGCCAACGUCAGUCGUUUGUUCCACCAACGCCUGAUAGCGCCGAUAUGCAUUGUGGAUCGCAUAACUAUAACCUCCGCCUCGAGACUGGACAUCAGCGAGGAUAUGAACCCUUUACCAGAGGACUGGAAGAUCAGAGCUCAUUUACUCCCCUCAUGUCACCAGCUAUGACCCCGUUAGAACAUCAGCUAAGGUUCCCCGAAUACACCACUCCAGGGGAGUAUCUGAGCCCACUUACAUCUCCAGCUUUAGAGGCACGGCAAUCAAACGGAGCCGGUUUUACUUUUCCCAAUGGCUCACAUAUGGACUACGGCUCCAUGUUGUCAUCGCCGACCGACAUGUCACAUCAACAUCCAGCAACAACGGGCCCAUUAACGAACUCUCCGAAGCUUAUUCAGAAACAACGACGCAAGUCUCAGGCCACUAGACUAUCACGGCAGUCUCCCUUGGUGAGACCUCAAAACGGUCGUUCGCGACCGCAGACUGAAGCCGAAGCCCGCGCGAGAGCGAAAAAGCUCUCUGCCCAGGCCGCUGCUAACAGAACUUCAAAUUCGCGCAAUUCCAGCAGCAAUGAAGGAUCUGGUCUAGAUUCUGUCUCGCCUGAGCCACUUACGGAGCCGCUGAUGCCACCACCCGCUUUACCAAGAUCUGGAAAAUCGCCAUACAUGGGUGCCCAAGAUCAGCCCACUACCAUGAGCGAAGUAGCAACUCCAGCAACCCUCAUGAAAUUACAGAAGCAGCAGAUCUCCCCUGGCAUGGAUGGAGAGUUCUCUAGGAAUGGAACUGUUGUUGUCGGGUUGGCACCAGAAGAGCACAUGGAAGACAUAUCACUCCCGGAACCUGCUUCGCUCCAGGGAGUGCCAAGUGGUGAAAGCACGCCGACCAUCCACGCCAAACCGCCGCACACUAUAAAACCGCGCACUGAAUCGAUAUCAGAACUAAAAGGGACGAACUCCGUUACCCCAAGCCCUGUAAUAAAAGCAAAAGGAUCACCCAGCGGCCCGGUUGGCCUCAAGCGAUCCGAUUCGAAACAGAGUUCUCGAGUGACAAAGAAACGCCAGGGAAUGAGCGCCGCCCAGAGUCCAGCACUGAGACCAAAAAUUAGCCCGAGCAUACAACCUCUCAUUCGUGCUGACGGUGUGUCAAGCGAAACCUCGGCUUUACAUCUUGCCUCAAAAUCGAAUUAUCAACAUAUUCUUGAAGGUACACUCCUACCGGGAGUAACAUACCCAGAAGCCCUUGCCGAAAAUCUAAGCUCCAAGAGAACAAACCAUAAACUUGCUGAGCAAGGUCGCCGAAAUCGCAUAAAUUCCGCCCUCAAAGAGAUCGAAAGCUUAUUACCAACUUCAUUAACUCAUAGAGCCAAGGAGAAAGAGCAAAAUAAAGAUUCUGCGGAUGGUUCCUCAACUGGGGUUUCGAAAGUCCCCGAUAAACCUUCUACGAAUCAGCCCAUUAGCAAGGCGAGCACAGUUGAAAUGGCCAUCGUUUAUAUCAAGGCAUUGAAACAAGAACUAGAAGACACCAAGGCCAAGCUCAAGGCGGCAGAAUCAAAAUACUGCAAUGAGUCUCCUGGCCAUGUUCCUGCGCAAGCUCCUGUUCCUGCGUCAGGCUCCGAAUCAAAUUCAUUGCAGAUCUCUGAUGCCCAAGUUGAACAGCAAGAUACCAUGAGUGGAGUCCCUGCCGCUGAUACCAACCCGGGAUCAAAAUAA